UAUCUGACCGUUAGGCGUUACUUGACCGCUGCUUACGUAUAACAUGAUAAAUAAUAAUAAUAACAUUAACCUUUAGGCUAAAGAAGAGCGUAUGCCGGUAGUAAUGGUCGAACGCGCACGAAUAUAUUAAGACUCCCUGAGAAUUAUGCACUGUUACGCUGUGGCUGUUGCUGCCGGCGGCGUCGUGGCGUGAUUGUGCUUGGGAAAAAAUCGGAUAGUACCGGAAUGGAGCGCACACUUUGAGCCUAAAAGCGUUACGAUAGCGUACGCGGCUGGUUUUCAGUUGACCGUCACACGGCUCUAUACCGGCAAUCACUGUAGUGCUGCUGUUAUUUUUGUGACUGUUGCUUGCUAAGCGCGAUCAGCUGAUGAUUCUGCUGAAUCGAAAACAAGAAGAUGAGUGGGUGACAUUGAGUUUACGCAGCUUUCGUUCCGUGUUCCGGUUUAUUGUCCGUUGGUGUACUUCAGUGUAUGGGCAUACGUGUGUGCGCGCAAUGUAAUGGUACUCUGUUGGUGCGAUGUUGUUACCGGUUCUGAGAAUCGCUGGUCGUUCGCUGUUCUCACUGUGCAGAGCUGAUUGUUGACAAAACCGGUGCAAUAGAAGAUUUUGAAAUGUCAUUUGUACCAUUAUUCAAAUGUGUUGCAGCUGUGUUCGCGGUUUGUCGAAUACGUGAAACACUCGCGAACAGUCUGGCUAGAAGUAUAUCCCUAUGUUCGAUGGAAGUGACCUGCAGCCAUGGCGCUAGUGGGUGCUAAUAGUAUCUGGGUGGGGUAAAAUGAAUUGCUUUCACCUGCUGCUGUUACCACCCUUGGCGGUGAAUCCUUUAGUCGUUCCUGAGCUUAGCUGGAGCGAGGCCAUUUGGCUGCGCCGAUCCUGCCAUCAGGACCCAGUGUCUCAGCAGACUGUUUCGUCAUCUGCUUCGGCUCGAUGUCCUGCACUACAGGUCCGAUUCAGUCACUGUGGCUACGCGCGACUUUUUGUGGCCUCUGGAAACGGAUGAGGUGUAAACCCUGUGCCUGCCCAGGCAUUGUAUUAGCUAACAGCCCGCGUUGCCAGCUCUCAGAUCUCGGUUUCAUUUGCUUGCUCGGCCUCCGAGUGCUGCCUGCAGACAUUCCCGACAGACGUGCCCAGAAGAUCAUUAACAGAGCACAGUCUUCUAGAAGAAAGAUAUCUUAGAUAUGUUCUGUCCACAGACACGUAGCAACAAGAGGCUUCGUCAGGAAAGCCCAAUGCUUUUUCUACGUCUUGUCCUUCUUAAAAUCGAAUAAAACCACGGAAACGCCCUUACCUAAGUCUAUAAUGGUAGCACCAUCGCAAGGGCGUGAACAGUGGGCGCUAUACAGCGAUUAAGCACUGGCAUUGGUUUCCCUAGGUCCUCUCAAAGGCUGACUGGAGAAAGCUCAAGCUGCCGUGAGGGUUUUCGCCCUCUGCAUCGACUGCUGUGAGCACUGCGUCUGUGACGUUCAGUCUGAUUGAACUACGACAACUUCUAUGGGCUUUAGACGUCCGCACAGUCAAAUCGCACAAAUUACCUUAAUUCUGCACUGUGCAAAAGCUCGAUGUAAAGGUAAAAGCACAAAGGAGGUUGUGCUUGAGCUGGAAUAUGUAAUAUUAUUUUUACUGAUUUAAGGAAAAAAUACGUUAGCUGUAUUGUGAAAGCUCCGAAGAACAUUGAAAGUGAUAACAAGGCAAAGAUAUAUGUAAAACAUCGCGAUUUAGACUGCAAUAGUCGUACGUAGCCUGUUACGCUUCGAAUACCUGGUGAUCAUAUAUUGUGCUAUAGAACUGGUAUAGAUGCCCUUCACUGAACUGUCGAUACCUAAAUCUGACGUGAAAAAUUAUACGACAGAUUUGGCUUAAAUAAUCGCGUUGGCAUAAAUGUUGGCCCCAACUCAAUUAUGAGGUCGUUUACCUGUACAGCCCGCCAGAUACCCUUUACCGUUUGUUAGCGGACAAAAUCACUAUCGAAUUGCUUCUAACAGCCACAAUUAUGCGUUUUCGCCGGAUCGCUCCACUAGAAAGUGAGCGUCGGAUUUAAAACGCGCACCACGAAACUACAGUAUUAAUUCAGGAAGACAGAAAACCGUACUACGUAGCUAGCUGAAGUAGAAGCUGCCGACCGAAGUGGUUCGUUGGCUCAUGUGCGCAGUUCAAAAAACCAAAAGCACAAAAUUGAGGUCCUAUGGCAACGGCUACGCGCUGCUCAGUUCCUACGGCUGUUGGACUAGAAGACCCUUAUUACAACCGCAGCAAUGAAAACAGUCUCAGCGGAACGUUACUACGAAAUCGGAAGGAGCUAGCGCCAAACGAAGAAGAGUCUCUGCCCAAUGAAGUUGACGAAAUGCUUCGUGUACUAAGUGCGAUAAUGGGAAGUUUGGCUGGUCGCGCCAAGAUUCUUAGCGAGGACCGUGCUGAUCAGGACGUCGAGUCGGAGGCCUCCGCGUCGACAACGGUUAUUGCUGUAUCGUGCGCUGUUGAACAACCACAACAGGGACGUUCGAUUUCUUAUCGGGUCGGUUUGCCCUCAACGCGACUAGGCUUGCUAGAGCGUUGCCGUUACGAGCUGGCUGCAAUGCCCCCGAUGAUUACCAGAUCAUUUCUGGAGUCUGAUCAAGCACAGCAUAUUGCCGUUCCGGACACGAUCCGAGUGAUGCAGUGGAACAUCUUGGCUCAAUCACUUGCAGAAAAAUCGGAUAAGUUUAUCUGUCCUGACGAAGCCCUGAACUGGAACUACCGGCGUUGGCGUAUCCUCGAGGAGGUUCUCACGUAUGGUGCCGAUAUCAUUUGCCUUCAGGAGGUGGAUCACUUCAAUUUCUUGAAGGCGACGCUCGGUCGUGUGGGAUUUGAAGGCUGUUUUUUCCCAAAGCCAGACAGUCCGUGCUGUUACAUCAAAGGCAAUAAUGGACCGGACGGUUGCGCGGUGUUCUUCGAUUCGUCGAAAUAUACACUACUUCAUACUGAGCGAAAAGUUCUUGAAGUAUUCCGCUGUCAAAGCAAUCAAGUGGUGAUCAUGUGUACCUUCGAAAGAAAGCUUGAUAGCAAAGUGUUUUGUGUGGCCACAACGCAUUUAAAAGCUCGUGUCGGAGCACUCCUACCGACGCUACGCAAUGAACAGGGGAAAGACCUCCUUCAGUUUGUCCAGAGUCACAACACAAAUGAUUAUCCUGUCAUCUACGCCGGCGAUUUUAACGCCGAACCCACGGAACCCGUUUACAGGACAAUGACGCAGUCAGGAAAUUUGUCGAGUAGCUAUGCCAUGGUCGCUAGCAGAUCUUCUGCAACGUCCGCAACUACCGCGGCCACUACACCUGUAGUUGACAAUGAUGGAAAUAACGUUUGCGACUCUGCAUCGAACGAACCCCAAUACACGACAUGGAAGAUCCGUGAAGAUGGCGAGGUGUGUCAUACGAUUGACUACAUCUUCUUUUCCAAGGAUCGCUUCAAUCCCGAGCGGGUGUUGACUAUGCCUAGCGAUGAAGAACUCGGUAAAGGACGAGCUCCAUCGCUGCAAUAUGCGUCUGAUCAUUUUUCUCUGUGCUGCGACUUCCGACUUCUCUAAAUGGAGGCUAAAUUAGCGCCUUAAUAGAGAAAAAUUAGCUGCAAGGGUACACUAAAGAAAAGAAUCAGUAAUAACAUUUUAGAUUUUUAAACGUAUAUCACUACACGGCAUUUCGAUGAUCCUAAAAUGUUUCUAGGAGAAGAUUGGCGAUCAUCAACGUCUUAUCGGAUCAUCAAGUGAAAACAAAUUCCUCAACUGAAACGCAGGGACUUAAGCACUUCGAUGAAGUAGAAGACAUGAUGAAAAAACAGAACUGAAAUGAAGUGAAUGCUAUUUCGUUAAUGGGAGGACUGAAUGAAGUGGGCGUCUUCAUUUCCAAAAAAAGGACUUAUAAUAAUUAUUAUAAGUUCUUAAAAAGGGCCUAAUAUUUAUAUUAGGUCCUUUUUUUUCUGAUGUAUUGAAAAGCUGGUGCGGUAUUAACGUACUUAGAAAACAUAUUAUGCUAAUUAUGUAAGAAGCUUUUUUUCAGUGUUGUAAAGCGUCUGACUUGAGAGAUUUGAGUUUUAUCGGAUGUACACAGGUUUCCAUUAUACUGUAUAUACUAAUAAUAGCAAAAAAAUAGUGAUGAAAAAUAGUGAACGACAGAUAAAAACUUCUAUUUAAUAUAUGCUAUUUAAUAUAUGACGACAAUAAAUUAAGAAUUAUGUUGAAACGAAAAUUUCAACCGGUGCUUUAAUGUACCUCUUCGUAGAGAUAGAUGUUCUAGAUAACACGAUUAUCGGUAAAAUCGUAAAGGGCCGGUUGCCAUAUAUUUUUAUAUACUUCUCUGACCUUUCGUCUGACGUUGAUACCACGAUAGAAUUGAAAUUAAGGCCAGUUUAAGAGAGUCCUUUGAACAACCAUAUUGAUUGAAGCUUAUUAUUCGAAAUAAUCAACUGUCCGGAAUAGUACUAUUAAAGAGAGGAUUAUCGGGACAUUGUUAGUUGUUAAGUCCUGCCAGAUUACACAAUAAUCCUGAUCUAGGGGGGUCAAAGUUAAAGGUGAAAAACUUAGUAGGAAACUUCUAUUUUGCAUUGCCACUGAGUCCUCGAUCGAAUCUGUACACCUUUGGAGACUUAAUGGCAGCAUGCGACUUAGCCGAUUUAAGAAACACUUCAGUAGCAAAAAGAAAGACAAUUGACAAAAGGGUAGUCCUUAGCAAUCAAAGUGCAGCAUUCUAGUUCCUAUAGAUUGUCGAUGUUAUGUUGACGCCGUAUAGCAUCCGAAAACGAAGGAAUAGUUACAUACGUUAAGUUUGUCAACUAUUAAAAAUAUUUUGUUUGUUUUAUGGCCUAUUGCUCUCUGACUUAUAAGUCAGAGAUCAAUAUGGGCGAAGGCCAAAUGUUCGAUUGGCACUUAUCGUUACUGUCGUGACUAUGUGUUUGAUCAAUGGAUCGUAAAAACUGCGUUCCAGCCUCUGCUAAGCUACUUAGCAACUUACUCAUGAGUGAGUAGAUCCUUAGUGCUUAGCCCCUAGGUUUCUUUAGAGAUUUUGGGUCGCGGAGGAAAUUCAAACCUCCAGUAGGAGUUCCUACGAACGUGCGUACUAAACCUGUCGAUCAUUUAGUUGAAUAGCAUACAAAGAAGAACCUGCAUACUUGCCGCUUGGAUCGGAUGAAGAUAUUCGUGGACCAUGCCAUGCUUAAUGGGCUCAUGUAUUUUCUCGCGUACCCUAUAUACUCCUGGAUGCGUUGUGUUCAACUCAAUGAUAAAGAACUACAUAUACUGGGCGGAGUCGCGCCUGGUUCGUUCAGGAUUUGAAAUUCCGUAAAACCGCUAGAUAAAGUACAACGUAAGAUCCUAUGCUAUAUAGACCAAUACGACAAACUGACGUAUUAGUAAAAUGAAGCGAGCGCACGCUUACGCCGACGACAGGAAAGCUGGUCGGUGAUAAUUAAGCGUUGACACGAACGAUUCCGCCUGCAAAUUGCUUACGGGAUUGAAACGUAUAGAUACCACAUGGACUAUGGCACCAUUGUUUCUACUGUGCUUUAAAUUGCGAGCAGAACAUUUUUCGAUGCAGCUGUGUUAAUUAAUAGAGGAUUUUAGAACAAUAUAUAAUAAUUAUAUAUAAAUAAAUGAGCAACAGUCAACAAUCAAAAUUGUCCUGUCCGCUGUAAGGUAGAUAAAAAUGAAUGAAGCAGGGUCCUUCGUGGCCACUCGCAGGCCUCGUUCGUAAAUGUCCGACGAGUAUCAAUUCUUAACCAAAUUGUAAAUGCUAAGAUACUGUAAAUAAAUAUUGUGCAUAAACGCA